CCAUGCAGGACCGGAGCUGCAGCAGCAGAGCAGCUCAGACGCGCGCAGCCACCAAAGGCAUCAACAACUCGCCUUGCAGGAGCGCGAGCAUUACGCAAUACUUCUUGUGGCGUGGAUUUAUUAUUAUUAGUAGUGUUAGUAUUAUUAUUAGUAUUAUUGCUCAGUUGGGAUUGAGCGUGAAGGUCUUUUUUUUUUUUUUUUUUAAAUAGUGAGGGAGCAUUUCCUCCAACUUCUUGCACCGGGACGCCGCACCAUGGAGUGAGAGGAGACGCCGCAUGUGGAAUUUACAUUUUUUUAUUAAUUUUUUUACUUUUUUGCACACAUUGUGCAACUUGAAAGCAUGCACGGGAAUGCACUCUUCUUGCAAAACUGCCGGAGUAGUAAAAGUCUGGAGGUCUGUAAAUUGAACCAUCGUUUGCUUUUAUGAAAGACACUUUUUUUUUUUUUUUUUUUUUAAAGUAAAGAAGCAAGGAUGUGUUCCAGCGUGGUGCUACCCAUGCUGCUGGUGGUUUUGUGCGGCCGAGGAGGCCGGGCCAUCAGCUCCAUGGACCCGGACUGGCCGGGAGAGGGCAAAUGUCAACAGGUCAGCAUCCCCCUGUGCAAGGACAUCGGCUACAACAUGACUCGCAUGCCCAACCUGAUGGGCCACAACAGCCAGAAAGAAGCCGCCAUGAAGCUGCAGGAGUUUGCCCCGCUGAUCCAGUUCGGCUGCCACGGCCACCUCAAGUUCUUCCUCUGCUCCCUCUGCGCCCCCAUGUGCACCGAGCAGGUGUCCAACCCCAUCCCGGCGUGCCGGGUCAUGUGCGAGCAGGUCAAAGUCAAGUGCCUGCCCAUUUUGGAGCAGUUCAACUUCCCCUGGCCCGACUCUUUGGACUGCGCCCGGCUGCCCACUAAGAACGACCCCAACAACCUGUGCAUGGAGGCGCCCGACAACGGCUCGGACGACCCCCCCAAGGUGUCCCACACCCGGCCGCCGGAUUUCAGGCUGCAGCCCCCGUCGAGCGGGCAGGAGCUCCGCUCGCGGGACCCCGACGUCAAGCCCGGGUGCGGCAACCCCGGGAAGUUCCACCGCGUGGAGAAAAGCGAGUCGUGCGCCCCCAAGUGUCACGCCAAAGUGGACGUGUACUGGAGCCGGGGGGACAAGCGCUUCUCCCUGGUCUGGCUGGCCGUCUGGUCCAUCCUGUGCUUCGUCUCCAGCGCCUUCACCGUGCUCACCUUCCUCAUCGACCCCCAGCGCUUCAAAUACCCGGAGAGGCCCAUCAUCUUCCUCUCCAUGUCCUACUGCGUUUACUCGGUGGGCUACCUGGUCCGUCUCUUCGUGGGCGCCGACAGCAUCGCCUGCGACCGAGACGACGGCGUCCAGUACGUCAUCCAGGAGGGCCUGGAGAGCACCGGCUGCACCAUCGUCUUCCUCAUCCUGUAUUACUUCGGCAUGGCCAGCUCCCUUUGGUGGGUGGUCCUCACCCUCACCUGGUUCCUGGCGGCGGGGAAGAAGUGGGGCCACGAGGCCAUCGAGGCCAACAGUAGCUACUUCCACCUGGCGGCGUGGGCCAUCCCGGCGGUGAAGACCAUCCUGAUCCUGGUGAUGAGGAAGGUGGCGGGGGACGAGCUGACGGGGGUCUGCUACGUGGGCAGCAUGGACGUGAAAGCCCUCACCGGCUUCGUGCUCAUCCCGCUCUCCUGCUACCUGGUCGCCGGCACCUCCUUCCUCCUCUCGGGCUUCGUGGCCCUCUUCAACAUCCGCAAGAUCAUGAAAACGGAAGGGGAGAACACGGACAAGCUGGAGAAGCUGAUGGUGCGCAUCGGGGUCUUCUCCGUGCUCUACACCGUCCCCGCCACCUGCGUCAUCGCCUGCUAUUUCUACGAGCGCCUCAACACGGAGCACUGGCGGGCGCUGGCCGAGAAGGCCACGUGCGGCGGGCCCGAGUCCGAGUGCCUCAUGGAGGCGUCCAUCCCCGCCGUGGAGGUCUUCAUGGUGAAGAUCUUCAUGCUGCUGGUGGUGGGCAUCACCAGCGGCAUGUGGAUCUGGACCUCCAAGACCCUGCAGUCGUGGCAGAACGUGUUCGGCAGGAAACUGAAGAAGAGGACGGGGAGGAAGGCCAGCAGCGUGUUCACCAGCAGCCAGGCCUACAUCAAACCUCACCUGUCACUCAAAAGCCACGCCGGCAAGUACGAACCCACUCGGCCGCCUCCCACGUGCGUGUGAGCCGCGCGGACUAACCCUUAAAAACACUUACGAAGCCCUUAUUUUUUGUAUAUUUUUUUUUUAUUCAGCGCCGUUUAUUUAUGCGACAUGUUUCCUUUUCAUCUCAUGCAACAAGAGCUGCCUUUUGUUCCAAAAACAAAUCUGGAUUCAGUUUUCCCCCCACGGAGGAACUUGCUUCAAUUAGGUGCAAAAAAAAAAAAAAAAAAAAAAACAACAACCGGUUACUUGAAUAACGUGCAAUAGAUGUUUCGCUUUCCAGGCAGACGACAGACAAAAGAACUUGCCGGCAAAUGGCCAAGAGAGACGAGUGUUUGCCUUUGGAGCCUCCUUUUUUUUGUUUUUUUUUUUCAUGGAAAUGGCGACAAGGCGGUGUCAUGUAUGUUUGAACUGGAGCGGGAACAGCUGUCGAGAAAGCAAGACCUUCUGCUGUAUAAUCGGUGGUCCCCAACCUUUAUUUUGCAGGGAAAUAAUUUUCCACCAAAAUACAACUCCCUAUAACGCUGAAUUAGUUUUUUUGCGGGUAGAAAAUCGACCUUUGGCUACAAUCUGUCACCUUCAUAUUGCAAAUGUUCAUUAAAGUCCUACUGAAAUUAGAUUUUCUUAUUCAAACGGGGUUAGCAGGUCCAUUCUACAGUGGGGCAAAAAUGUAUUUAUCAAAUCAAAUCAAAUCAAAUUUAUUCAUGAAGCACAUUUAAAAUUAGUAGCCAAAGUGCUGUACAAUGGACAGGUUCAAAGAUAAUACGAGGACCGAGCAACCAACACAACACAAAGAGAACAUGAUAAGAAAUAAAUAAAUAAAACAUAAAACAGGUUCACAGCAGGUGUAUAAUGGGGCGCCAUUGCAGGAUGGAUAUCACUUAGUGUUAAAAAGCCCAGGAAUAAAAGUGUGUUUUUAAGAGAGAUUUAAAAACAGGAAGAGAGGAGGCUUGUCUAACACUCAAAGGUAGGUCGUUCCAGAGCUUGGGAGCAACAGCAUUUAGUCGGCCACCGAUUGUGCAAGUUCUCCCACUUAAAAUGAUGACAGAGGUCUGUAAUUUUCAUCAUAGGUACACUUCAACUGUGAGAGACAGAAUGUGAAAAAAAAAAUCCAGGAAUUCACAUUGUAGGAAUUUUAAAGAAUUUAUUUGUAAAUUAUGGUGGAAAAUAAGUAUUUGGUCAACCAUUCAAAGCUCUCACUGAUGGAAGGAGGUUUUGGCUGAAAAUCUCACGAUACAUGGCCCCAUUCAUUCUUUCCUUAACACGGAUCAAUCGUCCAGUCCCCUUAGCAGAAAAACAGCCCCACAGCAUGAUGUUUCCACCCCCAUGCUUCACAGUAGGUGUGGUGUUCUUGGGAUGCAACUCAGUAUUCUUCUUCCUCCAAACACGGCGAGUUGAGUUUAUACCAAAAUGGAUACAUGGAUGAUACAGCAGAGGAUUGGGAGAAUGCCAUUUUGGUAUUAACUCAACUCGUCGUGUUUGGAGGAAGAAGAAUACUGAGUUGCAUCCCAAGAACACCAUACCUACUGUGAAGCAUGGGGGUGGAAACAUCAUGCUUUGGGACUGUUUUUCUGCUAAGGGGACAGGACGAUUGAUCCGUGUUAAGGAAAGAAUGAAUGGGUCCAUGUAUCGUGAGAUUUUGAGCCAAAACCUCCUUCCAUCAGUGAGCGCUUUGAAUGGUUGACCAAAUACUUAUUUUCCACCAUAAUUUACGAAUUCUUUGAUUUUUUUUUCACAUUCUGUCUCUCACAGUUGAAGUGUACCUAUGAUGAAAAUGACAGACCUCUGUCAUCAUUUUAAGUGGGAGAUCUCGCACAAUCUGUGGCUGACUAAAUACUUUUUUGCCCCACUGUAUGUGUCAUACUUGAUCAUUUUGCAAUAUUUCCAUAUUUUUGCUGAAAGGAUUUAGUAGAGAACAUCGACCAUAAAGUUCGCAACUUUUGGUCACUAAUAAAAAAGCCUUGCCUUUACCGGAAGUAGCAGACGAUGACGUCACCGGUGUGAGGGCUCCUCACAUCCUCACUUUGUUUAUAAUGUGAGCUUCCAGCAGCAAGAGCAAUUCGGACCAAGAAAACUACAAUUUCCCCAUUAAUUUGAGCGAGGAUGAAAGAUUCGUGGAUGAGGAAAUUUAGAGUGAAGGACUAGAUGUUUUUAGACACAUUUACUAGGAUAAUUCUGGGAAAUCCCUUAUCUUUCUAUUGUGUUGCUAGUGUUUUAGUGAGUUAAAUAGUACCUGAUAGUCGGAGGGGUGUGUUGACGCCAGUCUCUGAGACAAGUCACGCAGCUGCAGCAGGACGCAAGCUCCGCUGAUCUCCGGUAAGAGGCGACUUUUUACCACAAUUUUCUCACCGAAAUCUUGCCGGUUGACAAGUGGUCGGGAUAUUUGUUCGCUUGACCACUCUGAUCCAUAGUAAAACUUCACCUCCGGGAAUUUAAAACGAGGAAACACCAUGAGUUUGUGAGGCUAAAGGCUAAAAGCUUCCCACCUCCAUCUUUCUACUUUGACUUCUCCAUUAUUAAUUGAACAAAUUGCAAAAGAUUCAGCAACACAGAUGUCCAAAAUACUGUGUAAUUGCGCGAUGAAAAGAGACGACUUUUAGCCGCAAGUGGUGCUGCGCUAAUAUGUCCCCUCCAACCAAUAACGUCACAAACACGCAUCAUCAUUCCGCGACGUUUUCAACAGUAAACUCCGCGGGAAAUUUAAAAUUGUAAUUUAGUAAACUAAAGCGGCCGUAUUGGCAUGUGUUGCAAUGUUAAUAUUUCAUCAUUGAUAUAUAAACUAUCAGACUGCGUGGUCGGUAGUAGUGGGUUUCAGUAGGCUUUUAAUAAUUAUAAAUAACCUCUUAAGGCCCAAGCUGUUUGUUUACAUCCUUUUUUUAAUGUCUCUUUGCUAUUUGGGCUUAUUGGAGCCUAUUUAGAAUAAAAACUAAAAAAAUAAUCUUUUAAUAUGGCGUACUUAGUCCAUAAGUACACAGUACACAAACGUGUACUUAUUAUACUCUUAGUGUGGCCUGUGACGCGACAGUUUGUUUACAUGUAAGAUGUUCCACUCCUUCUUUGUCUCAUUUCGUCCACCAAAAGUUUUAUGCUGUGCGGCAACGCACAAAGGUGCACUUUGUUGAUGUUAUUUACUUGUAUAUUGGUCAGUGCAUGACUGCAAGCUAAUCAAUGCUAACAUGCUAUUUAGACUAGCUGUAUGUACAUAUUGCAUCAUUAUGCCUCAUUUGUAGCGAUAUUUGAACUAAUUUAGUAUCCUUUCUUUUUUGGUGGGGGACAGGGUGAACAUUGUUUUGUCCUACUAAUUUUUGGUGGUUCUUGAACUCACCAUAGUGUGGACUGCGACGCAACAGUUUGUUUACAUGUAAAAUCUUCCACUCCUUAUUCGUCUCAUUUUGUCCACCAAAAGUUUGAUGCUGUGCGUGAAUGCACAAAGGUGCGCUUUCUUGAUAUUAUCGACUUGUAUAUUGGUCAGUGCAUGACUGCAAGCUAGUCUCCAGUUUUGGAAAUAAGAGCUAAAUGGUGCUGUCCACGCAUGUGGCCACUGAGGCCUUUAGAGGUUUUAAUUAAUGUGGGUAGUACGGUGGGAGAGGGGUUAGUGCAUGUGCCUCACAAUACAAAGGUUCUGAGUAGUCCUGGGUUCAAUCCUGGGCUUCGGAUCCUUCUGUGUGGAGUUUGCAUGUUCUCCCCCUCCGGGCGCUCCGGCUUCCUCCCACUUCCAAAGACAUGCACCUGGGGAUAGGCCCCUCCCACCUCCAAAGACAUCCACCUGGGGAUAGGCCCCUCCCACUUCCAAAGACAUGCACCUGGGGAUAGGUUUAUUGGCAACACUAAAAUUGUGUGUUUGAUUGUGAGUGUGAAUGUUGUCUAUCUGUGUUGAACCCUGUGAUGAGGUGGCGACUUGUCCAGGGUGUACGCCGCCUUCCGCCCGAAUGCAGCUGGUAUAGGCAAUCCCAAAAAGGGACAAACGGUAGAAUAUGGAUGUUCAUUAAUGUGCUUUGUUUCAUGUCACGGAGUUAGGACAAAUAUAAGAAAUGGUUAACUUCCUAUGAGGAGUUUUAUUGGGUUAGGGUUAGGUUUAACCCUAUAAAGAAGUGUAUUAUUGGGACAGGAGAAAGUUAUGUCAAAGAAAAUGCAAAUAUUUAAUGUCCCGGUAGCAAAUGCGUCAGGGACCGGUACCGGUCCUCCGGACCGUUGGUUGGGGACCACUGCUGUAAAUGACUCAAGCGUUCUGUAUUGACAAGUUUUUGGUUUUUUUAAACACCUUCAGUUGUUGUUUUACAGCACCGGGAAAUGUUUGUAUGUGUUUCUAAAACUGCAGAUUUUAUAGAACAAUUAAUAAAACUUUUUUUUUUUUUUUUAAA